CAACGGAGUAAAUAUAGAAAAUAUGAAUCAUGCAAUAUCUGUUUGGAAUUAUACAGAGAAAUGUAGUGCACUGGUGAUAAAGUAUGCCUUUGUCGCAGAUUUUAUAAUUCGUGAAUUUAUGAUGAGCGUUAGGUACGAGGAAGCAUUCUCAUUCUGCCAGAGAUUUUUGACUUUGUUAAAUACCCUAUCACAAGAUAACAACAUUGUUCGAUAUCAUUUGUCGAUGACAAAAAAUGUUAUGGGAUUGAUACAUAUGCACCAAGGAAACUAUAAUAUAGCUGGUGAAAUUUUUCAAAAAGUUUUGAACGAAAUUAUUGCUGAGCCAUACUAUUUGGAAUCUAUAGCUGUUGCAUAUAAUAUCGGUUUGGUAUUCUUUCACCAAGGCAAAUAUGACGAAACUUUAAAAUACUAUCAUAUAGCAUUAGAUGCUUUGUUAGCUAACGACGGGUAUUGUAAUAAAAAUACAGAGAUGCUAAGUAUUCAAUCUGACAUAGCUGCAGUAUUUUGCAAACAAGUUGCCGGUAUAUUCGUGGAACAAGGAAAGUAUAGUGAAGCCUUAAAAAUGUUGCAAGAAGCAUAUGACAUUAUAUCUAAAACUUUAAACCAGUGUCAUCCUUUAGUUUUAACAUUGAAAAGUAAUAUAGGCGCAGUACUUCUUAAGCAAGGCAAAUUGGAUGAUGCUAUUAAUGUGAUUCAAGGAGUACUAAAUUUGCAGAAACAAGUUCUUAGUUCAGACCAUCCUGAGAUUUUAGAAACUCGUAAUGCCAUUGCGCAAACACUAGUAGAACAAGGCAAAUGCGAUGAGGCAAUGGUAAUUUGUCAGGAUGUUUUGAAUAAACGAGAACAGCUUUUAAGUGUUGAGCAUCCUGACACUUUGCAUAGUUUCUUAACUAAAGCACACAUAUUAUAUUAUCAAGGGAAAUAUGAAAUUGCUUUACAGAACUAUACUGAAUUAUUAAGUAAAUGGAAACGCAUUUUUACAGAGGAUCAUCCUGUGGUUACAACUAUAAACGGUCGUAUAUCUGAAAUUUCUGAAGCACUCUGCAAUACAGCAGAGAAUAGUGAAGCUCUUAGUUCUCUCCAGCGGCAAUAUGAAAUAGAAAGAAAACGUUUCGGAGAUGAUCAUCCGACCACUUUAAACACUAAAAAUAAUAUGGGUUUGGUGUUUUAUACUCAAAAGAAAUUCGACAUAGCACGGCAAAUUUUUGAAGAAAAUUAUAAUAAACUUAAGUUUAUGCUUCCUAAUCAUUAUUAUACCCAUAGAGCAAAAAAUAAUUUAGCUCUAAUAGCUUUAGCUCGUGGAAAAUGCGAAGAAGCUUUAAGAAUGUUUCGGGAGGUAUAUCGCGGUCACCGAAAGAUUUUGGGGGAAGAUCACGAAGAGACACUCUCAACAAAGGGUAACAUAUCUUCAAUACUUAUUUCUCAGUUGAAAUAUAUCGAAGCUUCAGAAAUACUUUGCGAUGUAAUUAAAAGACGCAAGAUGAUAUUGGGGCUAGAACAUCCAGGUACUAAAACGACUAUAAAGCUUGUAAGAAAAAUGUUAAUACUUGCGAUGAAGCAUAAUGAUGUCAAAGUAAUUGAACAGUUUUUUGAAAAAUGUGCUGAUGUUACUAUUGCAGAUUUAAAUUGCUCCGUAUUGUUAUGUGACAGUAUUGACAGUGGCAAGGCAGAUAUCGUAAACGUGUUCUUAAAAUAUGGAGCAGAUGUUGCUUCGGUUAAUAGCCAGGGUAAAACAUCGUUGCACGUUGCCACUUUCAAAGGUCACGAACAGAUUGUUAAAAAUCUUUUGCAGCAUGUAAAUCGCGACGAAUUAUAUAAUUUUGUUAAUACUAAAACCGUUAAGACCGGUAGCACGUCACUUCACAUUGCGGCUAAAUAUAAUAAUCUGAAAAUUUUUCAAACUUUACUGGAACACGGCGCAAAGUAUAACGCGAAAAAUAAUAACGACAAGACGCCGUUUAGUCUUUCUACUGAUCCUGAUAUUAUCAGUUUGUUAAAAUUAAUGAAAGAAUUGUUCGAAGACGCGGAAAAUGGUAAUGUCAGGAUCGUUAACAAAGUAAAAGCAAUAAAUUCUAAACAGUUCAAAGCUGUAAUAAAUGCUCGCAAUGAUCAAGGAAAUACAUUAUUUCAAGUUCUUAAAAAUAACGGUGAUAAAAAUACCUUAAAAAUGUAUUUGGACAUGUUGAAAGCUAAAUAUAGACGCGAAUGA